AUGACUUUGGAGGCUUUUACUGGAAAAUGGAUUCAAUCAAGAGCCGAAAAUUUUGAAGAGUAUUUAAAGGAAGUUGGAGUUGGACUAAUGAUGAGAAAAGCGGCAGCGAACAUUAAAGUGACACUGACAAUCACUGUUGAGGGCAAUAAGAUCACAAUGAAGCAAGAAUCGACCUUCAAAAAUCAAGAGCACAUUUUUGUGAUUGGCGAAGAGAAAGAAGAAGAAACGGCUGAUGGGCGAAAGUUUAGAUCAACGAUCACACUUGUGGAUGGGAAACUUGUGCAAAAGCAGACGCCAAUCAAAGCUGGUGAUAAAGCAUCAACAAUUACUCGAUGGGUACAAGGAAACGAAUUGCAUGUGCAAAUGGAAAGUGGAAACGUGAAAGCUCUCCGUGUCUACACAAAACAA